CCCUCGCCCUCAAACUCGCUCACGCCCGCGGAUGGGCGCGCGGCUGUGACGUUACGGCGUCGGCGGUCAGGGGCUGGCGGCCGCGGAGCUGCGUAGCUCCCGGCCCGCGGCGAUGCCCAAGCGGGGCUGCCCCUUCGCGGACGCGGCCCCGCUGCAGCUCAAGGUGCGCGUGGGCCAGAGGGAGCUGAGCCGCGGCGUGUGCGCUGAGCGCUACUCGCAGGAGGUCUUCGAGAAGACCAAGCGACUGCUCUUCCUCGGGGCCCAGGCCUACCUGGACCGUGUAUGGGAUGAAGGCUGUACCGUUGUUCACCUACCAGAGUCGCCAAAGCCUGGCCCUACAGGGGCCCCAAGGGCUGCACGUGGGCAGAUGCUGAUUGGACCAGAUGGCCGCCUGAUCAGGAGCCUUGGGCAGGCCUCUGAAGCUGACCCAUCCGGGGUAGUGUCCAUCGCCUGCUCCUCAUGUGUGCGAGCCGUGGAUGGGAAGGCGAUCUGCGGCCAGUGUGAGCGAGCCCUGUGUGGGCGGUGUGUACGCACCUGCUGGGGCUGUGGCGCUGUGGCCUGUACCCUGUGUGGCCUCGUGGACUGCAGUGACAUGUAUGAGAAAGUGCUGUGCACCAGCUGCGCCAUGUUCGAGACCUGAGGCUGGCUCAAGCCGGCUGCCUUCCCUGAGAGCCACACCAUGCACGGCAGCCUUCCCUGGACGCACGCUGGGUGUUCACACUGAACUGUGGGGUGAGCGGGAGGGGUGCCUUUUACAUGUUCUAUUUUGUACUCCUAAUGACAGAAUGAAUAAACCUCUUUAUAUUUGCACAAGA